AUGAAGAAUAGUGGUGUUGCAUUGGCGGAUGGUAUGAGGUUUUUGAAACAUCAGUCAUGGGGUUCUCCAUUGGUUGGCUUUACCAACCGCGAUGCUUACAAUUCGAUGGCUUCUGUGAGUUUGAAGUGUUUGGAUGGAACUGAUUCCAAUUCUUUGAUUGAAAUAUUCAGGAGGAGGAUGGUUACAAAAUAUAAUUGUCAUAAGAAUACAUGGCUAGAGAAGCUUUAUGACUGUAGGGAGAAGUGGUGUCCAGCGUUCAACAAGGAUUAUUUCUUCGGGGGUAUUUUAUCUUCGCAAAGGAGUGAAAGCACAAAUCAUUCAAUUUCUAGGAGGUUGUCCAAGACUGCUGGUUUAUGUGAUUUUUAUUCAUCCUUUGUGAGUGUUAUUUCUGAAUGGAGAAGUAAGGAAAAUGGUGAGGAUUUCCGGUGUUCUCAAGGAGUACCCGCCAUGAUGAUGGAUCAUGUGAAACUCCUUUCACAUGCUAGAGAGUGCAAGUAUCACGUGUGGCGACCAGACAUAGAUAUCAUAAGGCAUGAAGUAACUUUUAAGCCAAUCAAUUUGGAUAUAUGCUGUAGUUGCAAGCUGUUUUCAGAAUUGGGAAUACUUUGCUGCCACUGCUUACGUAUACUUCAUGUGCACUGUGUUUCCAGUAUUCCCGAUAAAUACAUUCUAAAAAGAUGGACUAAAAAGGUUGUUGAGGGUAGAAAUGUGGACAUUGCAUCCGUGUUUUAUAAUGGUGGUGUCCCUUCUUCAAUUUGGGCUGUUGAGAUUAGUAGGAAAUUUCAAAGGCUUAUUGUUUGUAGCCAAGAUAACAGUGUUGCUAGACAAUUCUGUGAUGAAGCUGUUGGGAAUGCAAGGAAAAACAUUGAAGCUGAGAUUGGGGAUGUGAAUAUUGAGGAGGGUGCUGUGUCUUCGUCAAGUGGUAUUGUCCAAGACCCUUCAAGCCGGAGGAGUAAAGGUGUGAGAAAUAAAAGGAGUAGUAGUGUUAUUGAGAAGAAGUACAAUGCAGCAAGGGGGAGAAAGAGUGCUGCAAACAAGCUUGCUUCAAUUACAAAGGGCUCUGUCCAAUCAUUUGGUCUUGGAAAAUAUUUCAGAGAUUGCUCGUGA